AUCUGAUGAGCCGACGUCGCCGAAAAAUUCGUUCCGCUUGUUUAUCUUAGAAGAUCCUCUUCAGACGAAAAAAAUAAACAAAAAAAUAUAUAAUUAAAAUUUAUUGGAUAUUUCUUUACUAAAUGCCGAGCAAUGACACCUUGCGUGCUAAUGACCGCGGUGGCGGCAAUGAACAAUGCAACUAUAUUCGCCAAAGCGAUAGGGUUUACGAGCACCGGGAAUCUCAGGCCACUGCCAUGACUGUUGACUACACUGGACAGUGGAUUCUCUUGGCGGGGCGUCGACAUCUGGCUUUGCAGCGUCUGGGAGAAGACGGUGAUGAGGUUUGCUUGAGGAAAUACAAUACGAACUCCAAAUAUGAAGUAUCGGCGGCAGAGUUCGCAAUUUGUCCCGAAAGCAAGGAAUCGUGCGCCAUAGCGACAAGCCAGCAUAUUGAUGUGGUUACAUGGGGAGCUGCCGAACCAAGAUAUAUUCAUUCAUUACGCGGACAUACCCGUAUGGUGACCGAUAUUGAUUGGCAUGGUAAAAAUCCGAACCUUUUGGUUAGCUGUUCUAUCGAUACAUUUUCGCAUAUUUGGGACUUACGAGACUCGAGGAAACCCACACUAUCCUUUAGCGCUGUAUGUAUGUCCGGUGCUACUCAAGUUGGCUUCAACAGGGUCUCAGGGAACUUGUUAGCAGCAGCACACGACGGUGAUUUACGAAUUUGGGAUAUUCGAAAAGGUUCCUGUCCCAUACAUUACAUAACUGCCCACCAAAAUCGUGUACAUGGUAUUAAUUGGAGUCAUCGGAGGGAAACAUGUCUUGCUACCGCAAGUCAAGAUGGCACUGUUAAAUAUUUUGAUAUAAACAACCCCCGAAGAGCAGAAAAAAUAAUAACUACUACUUCGCCAGUGUGGAGAGCUAGGUACACGCCUAUUGGUAAUGGACUUGUCAGCAUUGUUGUACCUCAUCUGGGUAGAGGUGAAAAUAGUCUUCUUUUGUGGAGCAACAGCAAACAAAAUGAUCCGGUUUGCUCAUUUGUUGGCCACACUGAUGUUAUAUUAGAUUUUGCUUGGCGCCCAAAUCGAGAAAAUCAAAUGGAAAUUGAAUUAGUUACAUGGUCUCGUGAUCGAACUUUGCGAGUUUGGAAAAUUGAUGAUAAAAUGCUGAAAUGUUGCGAACCCGAAAAUGACACAAAUGAAAACUACGACAUUUGUACACAAUCUCGAGUCGGAACUCCAACAAAAUUUCAGCCUCCAUACUGCUCGUCCUUUCAAAGAGUGCCCGUUUUCCGAUCGCAGCCCGUUGCCGUGUCUUUGCCCGUCGAAAGAGCCGAUAACGUGCACAACACUAUCAUCUCAAGAUCACCAACAUUAAUAGCAACUUCCGCACGCUCCUCUGCCCAUCGAUAUAGAGAAGAAACAGCAGUUGCGCGAUCCUUAACCGAUCAGCCCACGUGCUCACUUCAUCACGAGUUUUCACUGCUGAAUACAAAUAUGCCCCAUGUUGAGGUAGACACCUUAGAUGCAAUAAAACGUUUUGCAAUGUUUAACAUUUCGGCCGGAGGGCACGUGGCUGUCUUGCAUAUAACGUUUCCCACGGAUUACCCCAGUCCAAAUAAUAGUCCAGAAUUUGAAUUUUGUGACGGCACAACAAUGCACGAACCUUUGUCGAGAGUUAUGUUGAAAGUUCUGAGAACGAAUGCAUUGCAGCGUGUCAAGAAAUCUCGUACAUGCUUAGAGCAGUGCUUAAGAGCUUUAGUAGCUGCAAUGAAAAAGUCAGGUGGAGGAUCUGAAAAGUCUCAUGUACGUUUGCAAUCACCUAGAUUGGAAGGAGCUUUGAGCGGAGCUCUCCACGACGCUUGCAUACCCUUCCCACGAACUUCAGCUGCCACAUUCAAUUCUGUGGGAAUGUUAUGCAGUUUCACACAAACUCUCAAUACAAAAAGACUGACAUUGCGCCACCAAAACAUUACACCACGAACAUUGUGGGCAACCAACGGCGGUGGACUUCUGGGUAACGUUAUGGGUGAACAACCCAUGCUCUAUGCACAUAGAGAUUCGAAUGCAUCAUUUUAUCUGCAGGACCGCAUGACCUCAAAGCACUCAAAGAAUCGUUCAAUUCAAAAAGCUAAUCAUUCAACGGCCAUAGUUCAAAUAUACGAAUGUAACAAAUUGCUCAAUAUCAGCCGAGUCAUGGCUUCUGAGUACUCGCUGGACAAAACAGACAUAAUUGCGACCUGUCGAAAAAACCGCCUUGUUUGUGAAAAUCAGGGCCGCUAUGACCUUUUGCCAAUUUGGACCAUGGCUGAGAUGAUUGCAACACCAAAUGUACCUCUUAGAAAGACAAAGCUGAGCAAAAUGGUUCUUAAUGAGGAUCCGUUUAAGAAAGCUCUAUUGGAAUCACUUAUAAUGCAUUAUGCAGCUGUUGGAGACCUUCAAACUUCCGUCAUUCUUGCAUGCUUGUUUCAUCCUGGUGUAGCAAAUGGAUAUACCGGUGUGGCCAGUAUUAAUGGCGCACCAAGUGGUAACGCACAUGGUCAUGGGAAAAUACCUAUACUUACACCCAAUACAUCACCAUAUCACACCGUGCUUCCUAUUGAUUCCCACGUUUCAAAUUCCAACAAAGGCACAACCAACGCCAUUCAACUACGAAGCAGUUCCUGGUCGGAUUCCUUAGAUUGUGUGGAUAGUAAAUUCGCAAAUAAUGAAAUGUGGUCAUUAUCACUAAUCCGUCGUUCAAAAAUACCAUUAUUUGACCACUUCAAAAAAUUGUAUGCUGAAAUUCUGUACGGCUGGCAGUUGUUAACGACACGUUCAUUAAUCUUAAAGCACACAGUGAUGCUCAAAUGUCCCCGACAAGGCGUUGAAUUUGUAACUGAGUGUUCCGGAUGCAAUAAAACAAAACGCACACCCGCCUGCGGAGCUUGCCAACGGCCUGUUCUUUUUUGUGCACUCUGUAGAAUACCAGUUAAGGGAGCGGCCAAUGCUUGUCUAUCGUGUGGCCAUGGUGGUCAUUUCAUGCAUAUGAAGCAAUGGUUUGAAAAACACAAUGUCUGUGCAUCUGGCUGUGGCUGUCAGUGUUUACAAGAAACUGACUUUCUUUUGGAAUGUGUAAAAUGAGUAUGAGUAUAGUAACUAUUAUAAAAUCCACUCAAACCAAAAAACGGAGUUUUCGAAAGCUCUUACGGUUGCUGCGAGACGAAUUCACGGAAACAGUUUAAUAUUUUAUUCCUCUUGUUUUAUUCAAAUGAAAUUGUUGAGUUGAUUCAAUGUUAUUUUCGCUUUAAGUGAAUAAGACUAUCUUUAUGAAAAAUGGUGUAUAUAAUUAUAUAUUCAAAUAAAAAAAAAUAAAUUUUUAUUGAAAAAAAAAAUAAUAAAAUACAUAUAACAUUUGUCAAAAUGUA